GAGCGAAUUUUUUGAGUCGGAUGACACCAAAAUGUGAGGCUCACAAGUAUCACCAGACUCCCUUCAAUCCUCUUUCUCUCUCUCUCUCUCUCACACACGCGCGCAGGGAGAAGACAUGCGGCUUCUUCAAGCUCCAGCUUCUGUGUACGUGACUUCACAAUGCUCAAAGUCUCAAUCCAAAGGUGGAAAUUUUCUGGAGAGACGUAUUCUGCAAUCCGCCAUUAACGAGUCUCUUUUCUCCCGAAGAAUUGUACGACAACGAUUUUGUGUAAAACGUAGGACCGUGAAUCCUGUUUCUGCUACAGCUGCUUCUCUUGAAGCUGAUGCUUCAUCACUAUUGACAAUAGAAGCUGAAAACGAUGUGUUAAAAGCCUUAUCUCAGAUUAUUGAUCCAGACUUUGGGACAGACAUUGUCUCAUGUGGAUUUGUGAAGGACUUACAUGUUGAUGAUGCUUCAGGAGAGGUUUCAUUUCGGUUGGAGCUCACAACACCAGCAUGUCCAGUCAAGGAUAUGUUUGAACAGAAGGCUAAUGAGGUUGUAUCAGCUCUUCCCUGGGUCAAAAAUGUCAAAGUGACAAUGUCAGCGCAACCUGCAAAGCAGAUUUAUGCAUCACAACUUCCUGCUGGGCUACAGACAAUAUCAAACAUAAUUGCAGUUUCAAGUUGCAAGGGAGGUGUGGGAAAAUCAACUGUGGCUGUAAACCUGGCAUACACUUUGGCUGGAAUGGGUGCUAGAGUCGGAAUCUUUGAUGCCGAUGUUUAUGGUCCUAGUUUGCCAACUAUGGUCUCCCCUGAAAACCGACUUCUUGAAAUGAAUCCAGAAAAAAAGACCAUUAUUCCAACAGAAUACAUGGGAGUCAAAAUGGUAUCCUUUGGAUUUGCUGGACAAGGGCGUGCAAUUAUGCGGGGUCCAAUGGUUUCUGGAGUCAUCAACCAACUACUAACUACUACAGAGUGGGGAGAGCUUGACUAUCUUGUUAUUGACAUGCCACCUGGCACCGGUGAUAUUCAACUUACCUUAUGCCAGGUAGUCCCUCUGACUGCUGCUGUGAUAGUUACUACUCCUCAGAAACUUGCAUUCAUUGAUGUCGCGAAAGGAGUCCGCAUGUUUUCAAAGCUCAAGGUACCAUGUGUUGCUGUUGUUGAGAACAUGUGUCAUUUUGAUGCGGAUGGAAAACGAUUUUAUCCCUUUGGUAGAGGAUCAGGCGCACAGGUUGUGGAGCAGUUUGGAAUCCCUCAUUUGUUUGACCUUCCAAUCAGACCAACUCUGUCUGCUUCCGGGGAUAGUGGAAUACCUGAAGUGGUGGCUGAUCCUCAGGGCGAAGUCGCUGACAUAUUUCAAAAUCUAGGAGUUUGUGUGGUACAACAAUGUGCAAAGAUCCGCCAACAAGUAUCAACUGCUGUGAUGUAUGACAAGUCUAUUAAGGCAAUCAAGGUGAAAGUGCCUGAUUCAAACGAAGAGUUUCUUCUACACCCUGCAACUGUUCGACGAAAUGACCGUUCUGCCCAAAGUGUGGAUGAAUGGACAGGGGAUCAAAAAUUACAAUAUGGUGAUGUUCCAGAAGACAUAGAACCUGAAGAAAUUCGACCCAUGGGAAACUAUGCAGUUUCUAUUACAUGGCCAGAUGGCUUUAGUCAGAUUGCUCCUUAUGAUCAGCUACAAACAAUGGAACGGUUGGUUGAUGUACCCCAAACAGUAUCCGCGCAGUGAACUUUUGUAGGCGAGGUGAAGUUGAGGUAGAUAUUAGAGACUCUCAAGAUUCUUAAUGUCGAACAGUCGAAGCUUAAGUUAUUUUAUGUCCGAGAAGUGAACACCAUACAAGAAAUGGAUGAUAUGAGAAUAUAUUCCAUUUUAAUUUUUUUUUUGAUGUACGAUAUGUACAUAUUUGUGUUUAUCCUUGUAGCUCCCAAGAGUGUUGUACUUUGCGAACCCCUACAUGGUUCACAUCAUGUUAUUUCUUCAAUGAUAUUUUGUAAACACAUGUUGAAGAAACUGUAAACUAAUACAAUCUAGAGAGAAAACAGUUGGGGUUUUA